GUGGAAAUGAAAUAAUAACUGUUUUCGGCAAUAAUAAAUGAACGAGACAAAUUGGCAUACUUUUAGGCUGAUAUGCAUUAUAGUGUAGUAGUACAACAUUAUGUCACAAAAAUCUUGCAUAGAACUUAAUGAGAUACGUAAAUUGGACGAAAUUCUACGUCAGUGUGAGAUUUACGUAUCAAAGAACAAACAGACACCUCUACUAGAGACACGUAAAAAGAAAUUUGCUCAUCAGAUUUUAACCUCUACCAAGCUGCAAAAAUUUGUGGAACGCGAACUCUUCUCCUUAAUGUGCACCGCCAACAAAAUGAACAAGAAAAGCAUAUUUGUUUCCGACAUCCUAAUGAACUCCAAUCUGUUGUCGUACAAAGAUGAAAAUGGCAAAUAUUUCUUACGUAACAAUUUUCAAAAGACACCGAAUAACUUUCGAAUGUACCACAAGAUAGUGCGUUCGAAUAUCGAGGACGACGAGGAUGAGUUUAUGUAUCGCAAGUGUGCUAAAAAGGAAAUUUCGCAAAAUUGUUUGGAAAACAUAAAAAAUUGUCUGCAUGAGAAUCUAAAGCAGGGCAAGAAAUAUGGCUCCAAUACUUAUGAAGCCAUACAGCAUAAGCGGAAACAACAAUUAAGCAAACAACACCAUGAACAACAACAUGAGCAACAACAACAACAACAGCAUCAGAAGCAGCAGCUGCAGCGCGCGCAGCAACAACAACAUCAUCAGAUGACCUCCCAAGCCCCACGUACGGCAACCUCCAUUGGUCAUUCGCAUUUACCACCAUUGGAAAACUGUACCAUGAAAACGAUGAAGCCACCACCAAUGGAAACAGUUGUCGGUGUUGGUCCCGGUAUAUCCUGUAAUAAAUGUGAAAAACAACGCCACAAAGCGGUACUAAUACAGACCGGUUCCGACAAUGUUAGUGAAAAAAGUCGAAAAUUCCAUAAAACGGAGGCUCCGUAUGCCAGCAGAGAUCAUGGUUUCUCGAAAUCUAUAGCUCAAAGUAGCUGUCAAACCACUCCCGAGGAAAAAAGAAAAAAUCUCAACAACAACAGCAAUAGUCGCUAUAAAUUCUCAUCGCAAAUAUUUGGACGCAAACUUUCAUCGAAGCAUGUAAGCGAACAUGGAGAGGAUACACUAGAUAAGGAGGCUUUGCUAAGUCCAAAAAUUGAGAUCAAAUUUCCGGAUCCUGUUGAAACGGUAUUAUCGCUGGGAGCAAAUGUUUUACCCGAACAGAAAAAUAUGACUGCUAAAACUCAUCGUUGGACUAUUUUACAUUAUUCCCCAUUCAAGGCUGUCUGGGAUUGGAUCAUUUUGAUUUUGGUUAUGUAUACAGCAAUAUUUACACCAUACGUAGCUGCAUUUUUAUUGGGUGAACAAGAUUAUCAGAGACGUACCAAUAAGUAUAUUAACAGUGAUCCUAUAGUUAUUGUGGAUCUUAUAGUUGAUGUCACAUUUAUUGUUGAUAUAUUAAUAAAUUUCCGUACUACUUUUGUUAAUGGGCAAGAUGAAGUCGUCUCGCAUCCGGGUCGCAUAGCAGUCCACUAUUUGAGUGGUUGGUUCUUAAUCGAUUUGGUAGCGGCCAUACCAUUUGACUUACUCUUGGUAGGCAGUGAUACGGACGAGACUACAACACUGAUUGGUUUAUUGAAAACAGCACGGCUGUUGCGUUUGGUAAGAGUUGCCCGUAAAAUCGAUCGUUAUUCGGAAUAUGGUGCUGCGGUGUUGGUAUUACUGAUGGCUACCUUUGUUCUAAUUGCCCAUUGGUUGGCUUGUAUAUGGUAUGCUCUUGGUAAUGCUGAACGUAUAAUGUUAUCAAAAAAUAUAGGCUGGUUACAUACUUUGGGAAAUGAUAUUGACGAACCCUAUUUUGAAAAUAAAACCGGUGGUCCUUCUAUCAAGUCCCGGUAUAUAACCGCGCUAUAUUUUACAUUUACAUCCUUAACCUCGGUGGGAUUCGGUAAUGUGGCUCCAAAUACAGAUGCAGAGAAAAUUUUUACAAUAUGUGUUAUGUUGGUGGGAUCCUUAAUGUAUGCUAGUAUUUUCGGUAAUGUUUCGGCCAUUAUACAACGAUUGUAUUCGGGUACAGCCCGCUAUCAUACACAAAUGUUAAGAGUGCGAGAGUUUAUAAGAUUUCAUCAGAUACCCAAUCCUUUAAGGCAACGCCUAGAAGAAUAUUUCCAACAUGCCUGGAACUAUACGAAUGGCAUUGAUAUGAAUUCGGUUUUAAAGGGCUUCCCGGAAUGCCUACAGGCUGAUAUUUGUUUACAUUUGAAUCGUAAAUUGUUACAAAAUUGUCCUGCGUUUUCCGGUGCUAGUCCUGGUUGUCUAAGAGCGCUAUCAUUAAAAUUCAAAACUACACAUGCGCCGCCCGGUGAUGUUUUGGUGCAUAAAGGAGAUGUCUUGACCUCAUUGUUUUUCAUAGCCAGAGGAUCAAUUGAAAUUCAAAGGGAGAAUACCACUAUUAUUAUAUUGGGUAAAGAUGAUAUAUUUGGUGAGAAUCCUUGUAUUUAUCCGAAUAUUGGCAAAUCAAAUGCAAAUGUACGUGCCUUGACCUAUUGUGAUUUGCAUAAAAUUCAUCGAGACGAUCUAUUGGAUGUGCUGCACUUGUAUCCCGAAUUCUUCGAUAGUUUUGUCAAUAAUCUAGACAUUACAUACGUCAUGAGAGAUGAAUACACAUCUGGCGUUGAUGUGAAACAUAAAUAUUUACGAGUGAAAUCGAUGGAUAAAGAACGCAGUAACAGUGAUAUGAACUCAAUAAGAAUUGUGGGUCUUCAAUUUAAGACCAACAAUAAAUCAUUCGUGCGUGAUGGUGCACAAAAAGAUACACCCGAUGUUAAUUUCUAUGUGGGCAAAGAUAGUAAUAAUUACAAAUAUGGAGCACCCAAAAGUGAUUACUUUUAAUUUUAAAGUGCUUAACUAGGUUUUACAUAAGUAAAUAUGGGUAAACAUAUUGUAAUAAUUAAGUGAAAUAUACUACUCCUCGUAAAUAAUUCAAUAAAUUUUAAAAUUAAUGGCUCAAUUAGUAU